AUGGUAUCAGUACAAGAUCAUUGCAUCACGCUGGAAGGGUCUGCAUCGUUCAUACACGAGUAUUUGAAAUACAGCGUGCAUUCGAUCAUCUACCAACGAGGAAUCUAUCCGUCUGAAGACUUUCUGCCAGAGGAGUAUAAUGGCGUACCGAUGAUGGUUUCACGGAACAGUAAAAUUAAAUAUUGCAUCGAGCAAAUAAUGGGAGAAGUUAAGGAAUUGAUAAUGAAGCAGUUGAUAUUCAAGAUUACGGUGUGUUUCAUUACGUUGGACAAAAGCGAAAUAAUCGAACGGUGGGAUUUUAACAUCAAACCGCAAUACGAAAAUGAAGAGGUAUCGACAUCGUACAAACCGUUGCCAAAGAUACAGUCGGAGAUACGCGAGGUGAUGAGACAAAUCAUUUCUACGGUUAGCUUCUUGCCAUGUCUCGAAGAGCGUUGUACCUUUGACAUUAUACUCCAUACUGCAUCAAAUGUUUUCGUCAAACAUCCCAUCAUGCUGAAAGAAUACUUGGAAGAGGACGCAGCUAGCAUUGAGAUACAGAAUGCUCAAACACUGUAUCUGAAGCAGUUCAGUACCGGCUUUAAUAAGGUCGAUACGCAAGUAGUUUAUCGGAAGGCUGAAAUCUAA